CAAAGGAGCUGUGUGACGCUGCUUCGACGAUCUGAUAUAAAAGCACAAGUCGCGCACUGAACGCAUGUCAAGCCCAGUCAGUAGCACAACCGUCCACAAUAAUCCCUCUCUCAGUUAUCCACAUUUAUCAUGGUCUCCAGGCUGACGGUCUACUGUGCUCUUUUCAUCAUCGUUCUUUCCCAAGUCAGUGCCAAACCUGUUUCCAGUUUACAGUCUUUUGCGCAGCUUUUAGAAGACGAAAGCAACCAUCCAUACGUCGACUCGGACGAUGACACUCGGGGCGGCUUGGACGUAUCUGCCGAAAUAGCAACCGACGAUUCAGAAGCUGAUAUACCUUGGAAUCACAACUUCCGAGACCUGCAACAUCGGCAAGCGGCACAUUCCAGCAGGAUGCUGAAGCUCUUGAAGGACAUCUUAACUUCAUCCGGACGAUCUUGGGAUCGCGAAAAAAAGAGUGGGCUGCGAAGCUGCUUCGGUGUUAGACUGGACCGGAUUGGAUCUACGAGUGGACUGGGGUGUUGACUGUCCCCAGGACAAGGUCAGAAGAGCCAUUUGUCCAUUCUGGAGACUGCAUAAUGGCUGGAUCCCAAUGCCUGGAGACAAAACUUUAAACCAGAGUAUCACAUGCUUGGCGAAGUUUUACAGAUAAUGAUAAAUUAUUGUAUAAAUUAAUAUUCAUAUGUACUGAUUUAAUCAAAUGUUUAUAGAUGAGGUCUGUACAUACUGGAUUUUAAAAUCAUAAAAUUAUUUAUUAAAUAUUUAUUACUACCAUGUACUGUAUAUGGUGUUUAAUGGAGAAAAAAGUAAAAUAAUGUACUUGUAUUCAAUAAAAUGAACACUUUGCUUAUGUAA